UCUUUAUUUGAUGUAUAUGGUGGUAAACACAAUUGUUUGUCCAAUAGUUUAGGGAUUUUUUUAAGACUUUAUAUAUAUAAUGACAAAAAGCACUGUCCACUCCACUCCAUAGUUUCUUACCAACACAACUAAACUUUCCUCCAACCACCAUGGCACACGGCAUCUCCAACGACCAACCACCACCGGAAACCUCAACACCACCUCUCCUCCGCCGCAACUUCCUCCGUCUCCCCUCAACCCUCAAACUCAAAACCUCCCUCUGCUCAGAACUCUCCGGCGCCGUCGGCGAUUUAGGAACCUACAUCCCAAUCGUACUAGCUCUAUCCCUAGUCAACAAUCUCGAUCUAACAACCACUCUCAUCUUCACUUCUCUCUACAACAUCAUCACCGGACUCUUCUUCGGCCUCCCCAUGCCAGUUCAGCCUAUGAAAUCCAUCGCCGCCGUCGCCAUCUCCGAAUCUCCACCUCUCACAAUUCCUCAAAUCUCCGCCGCCGGUUUAUCCGUCGCCGCCGUCCUCCUCUUCCUCGGAACAACCGGUCUCAUGUCGUUUCUCUACCGGUACCUCCCUCUCCCGGUUGUUCGCGGCGUUCAACUCUCUCAGGGACUUCAAUUCGCUUUCUCCGCCAUUAAAUAUAUUCGCUAUCAGCAAGAUUUAUCUUCCGGUUCGUCGAAAACCGGUCCAGUCCGUCCUUGGUUUAGUCUAGACGGACUGGCACUGGCUCUCGUUGCUGUUCUUUUUCUUGUCCUCACCACUGGCGCUGGCGAGGACAAUCAUUCAGAACAGCAACAACACGAGCUAGAAGAAAAUGAGAGAGUUGAUAAUAUUCGACGAAAUAAAAUUCGUCGAAGAUUGAAGAUUCUAUCGAUGAUUCCGUCGGCUUUGAUUGUGUUUUUAUUCGGAUUAUUAUUGUGUUUUAUUCGCGAUCCUUCGAUUUUUCAUGAUUUGCAAUUCGGUCCUUCUAGGAUUAAGUUGAUUAGAAUCACAUGGGAUGAUUUUAAAGUUGGAUUUGUGAGAGCUGCGAUACCGCAGAUUCCUUUAUCAAUUUUGAAUUCGGUUAUUGCGGUUUGUAAACUUUCCGGAGACUUGUUUCCGGAAAGAGAAGCUUCAGCUAUGAAGGUGUCAGUGAGUGUUGGAGUGAUGAAUUUUGUUGGAUGUUGGUUUGGUGCCAUGCCAUGUUGCCAUGGAGCAGGAGGAUUGGCUGGUCAGUAUAGGUUUGGAGGGAGGAGUGGUGCUUCAAUUGUGUUUCUUGGGAUUGGUAAGUUGUUGAUUGCUUUGGUUUUUGGGAACUCUUUUGGGAGGAUUUUGGGGCAGUUUCCUAUUGGGAUACUUGGUGUGUUGCUUUUGUUUGCUGGGAUUGAAUUGGCUAUGGCUUCUAAGGAUAUGAGUAGUAAAGAAGAAUCUUUUGUUAUGUUUGUUUGUGCUGCUGUUUCUUUGACUGGCUCUAGUGCUGCUUUAGGGUUUUUUGUUGGGAUUGUUCUUUACUUGUUGUUGAAGUUGAGAGAGGUUGAUUGUGGAUUUGGAUUUUUGUCCAAGUCUAACAAGGACAAGUCUUCUAAGGAUGAGGAAACUCCCUUGAUUGCAUAAACAUUUUGAUUUGGAUUGUGGUCCGAAGUGUGAAAUAGAUUCAUCUGAGUCAGAAAUUUUCUGCAUUGACGCCGUCUUUAUAAAUAUUUUUGAAUUAGUGAAUUUGAAACUAAGAUGUUAAUUGAGUAAAUGCGGGGAAUUCUCAACUGCAGAGAAUUUAGAUCCGCAUUGAUUGAAGAUGGUGUUGAAGAUGAUCAACAAAGCUGUGAUCAUUUAUCAUUUGAAGUAGAAAGAUUUUGAAAGUACAUAGUAUAUCUUUUUCAUCUGUCUUUCUUUUGUGAAAUAAUGUUGGCUAUACUUGUGUUUGUUGUAAUGUUCUAUUUAAGGUGUACAAACAUAUAUGUAUGUGUAUUUUAUACA